AUGACUAACAAGGCGCCGCGUGUCAUUCCCCGCCCCAAGGGCGCCGAGACUCGGUCGCGAUUGGUGGUGCGGUCCCGAUCCGGUCGGCAGCUGCUCUCCUUGUUACCGAAUCGCGUCGGGACUGGGCGUGAAGACUUCUCAAAAAGUAGAUGGAAAGCUAGGCAGAAGAUUACAGGACCUGAUAAUAAAGGGAUUUACAAAGGAGACCGUGAGUCCAGUGGGAAGUACACAUUUGCUGCUCACAUGGACGGAACAUACAAGUUUUGUUUCAGUAACAGGAUGUCUACCAUGACUCCAAAGAUAGUGAUGUUCACCAUUGACAUCGGGGAGGCUCCUAAAGGCCAAGACAUGGAAACAGAAGCUCACCAGAACAAGCUGGAAGAGAUGAUCAAUGAGCUGGCAGUAGCGAUGACAGCUGUGAAGCAUGAGCAGGAGUACAUGGAGGUCCGGGAGAGGAUACACAGAGCCAUCAAUGACAACACAAACAGCAGAGUGGUCCUUUGGUCCUUCUUUGAAGCUCUUGUUCUAGUUGCCAUGACAUUGGGACAGAUCUACUACCUGAAGAGAUUUUUUGAAGUCCGGAGGGUUGUUUAA